AUGGAUUACGCUAUCGUCAAAACCGGCGGGAAGCAGUACCGGGUUUCACCUGGUGAUGUCGUUGAUGUGGAACUGCUGUCCGCGGAAGAAGGAUCAACCACCGAAAUCAACGACGUCCUGGCGGUGUCCCGCGACGGAGAGGUCGAAUUCGGCAAGCCGUUUGUAGAUGGUGCGCGGGUUGUAGCGCAGGUGCAAACCCACUACAAAGACCGCAAGAUCAUUGUCUUCAAGUACAAGGCAAAAACACGGUACCGGCGGAAGCGCGGGCACCGUCAGAACUACACCCGAAUUCUGAUUCAGGAUAUCGAGAUUGGAGGUCAGGCAUAA